UAAAAGUACAGAGAGAGAUUUAUUAGUAAUGUUAACUUUUUUGGCCAGCAAGACAGCAUGAGUGGAAGAACCUGGGAGGUUGCUCCCAGAAUGCCUCCAUUCUGGGGUUUUAUAUUCUUCUACAGCAGUGAGGACUUGACUCUGGAGCAAGGGAUUGGGUUGGGGUUAGCCCGAGGGCAUGGGGUGGUUCUCAAGAUUUGGAGGAUGAAUGAAUGAGGCAUCUCUUUGUCCAUCUCAAUUCAAUGGAGCCAUCAAAGGAGGGCAAUCUCCAAGGUCAGGUGUUUGGGGCUGGGAAUCAGGAGGGCCUAAGGGAGCAGAGGAAUUUCCCUGAUAACAGAUUGCCUUUGCCCGAGUUUCUGGGGGGUGCAAUGCCCAAGCCAAAAGGGUUGAGACUUUGAGGUGGGAAAAUGCAAAUAAAGAGUCAGGUGGGAUAGUGAGGAAUGCGACUUGAAUGAUGGUCUACAGAGAUUCAGCCUCCCAGACCACAACCUAUCCAUUGGGAGAUAGAAAAGGGGCAGGGUUAGGGGAAAUCUGGAGUUCCCUUUUAGACAGGUUUUGGAUGUCUCCAGGGCGUCCAUUGGGAAUGGCCAACUGGCAUACUGGCCUGGAGGAAGGACUGCAACUCCGAGGAGAUACGGAGACAACCUAUACCCAAGUCAUAUAGAGAGGAGUCAUCUGCCUAGAAAUGGGAGUCCAAACCAGCGGAGCUGAUAGAUUAGCCCAGAGACUAGAGAGGGAGAAGAAAAUAAAAAGGACUUCUUGUUAGGCCGAUGCAGCGUUGGAGAAGACAGUAAAAGCGGUAGUCGUCAAAGAAAUGAUGGUUAACUCGUGGCGUUAUUUACUGCUCAAAUGCUUUCAGGAUCCGAUUGUUCUGUUAGAAAUAAAACUCACCCCCCCCUCCCCCCCCGCUUGAAGCGAACGGGUGAGAUUCCAAAAUUGUGGCGGAGAGGAGAGGAGAGGGAGCGCACGGCCAGGUGGAAAGAAAAGAAUGUUUUCGUGAGCAUUUCCGAAUGCAGUCGUUGGAAGGGUCUAUUUUAAUGGCAAUACCUGGUAGCUCAGAAGACCUGCUUCGGGAAUGAGCUCUCUUACCGAUGAAAAUCCUCUAAGAACGAAGUCUAAAUUGAGUGGAACAGAGCAGAUCUGCCGGCUGUCCAGCCACCGAGGUUCGGCGUUCUGCUGGUGCACGUCUUAAAUCUUCCCCAGUCCGUAACCGAAAUUACCUUUGUAUUCUGAUUUGGUGGGGAUUCCUAUGCAAACGAAACCAAACAAUGGAGCCCUGCAUCGGCUUCUUUUUAGUUUUGAAUUUGGAUUUAAAGAGAAAACAGUCAAUUGCCCUUGGAUUUUAGGAAAACCUCCCUUUAUAAUUCCUCCACCUCCCUAAAGAAAUGUAAAGCCCUGGAGCAUGAAUGACAUUCCUCCAGUUCUCCGCAGCGAUAUCACUCCUCCCCCAUCUCUUCCAGUUUCCCUCUAAUUCCUUCGGCCACUCCCUCCUCCCACCAGGUAGCAAGGGCAUGGAAGGGAAAAAAAAAAUCCUGCUGCUUUCUCUCUGCGGCUGCGCAGCUCAACCCAGGCCAGACUGGCGAGGCUGUUGGCUUCCGACGAUCUCCCUGUCGCAUUUCGAGUGUUAUAAUAUAAAGUAUUUCUUCUGAACUUGGAGAAGAAAUUCGCGCUUGGAUGGUGGAUUAACAAGAACGUUGAAAUUCAGGAGAAAAAAUUUACAAAGUACUGGAUUUUCACCCUAGUCUAGCAGCUUUGCUGCUCACUUAAACACAGAUGAAUGAAGACCCCAUUUGGAAAAACAGCAGGCCAGCGAUCCAGAGCUGAUGCAGGACAUGCAGGUGUAUCUGCCAGCAUGAUGAAGAAAAGGACUUCCCACAAAAAACACCGGAGCAACGUGGGGCCCAGCAAGCCCAUCUCGCAGCCCCGCAGGAACAUCGUGGGAUGCCGGAUCCAGCACGGCUGGAAGGAAGGCGGCGGGCCUGUGACGCAGUGGAAAGGGACCGUCCUGGACCAGGUGCCUGUCAACCCGUCCCUCUACCUGAUCAAGUACGACGGCUUCGACUGCGUCUACGGGCUGGAGCUGCACAAAGACGAGCGCGUCUCCGCCCUGGAAGUCCUUCCCGACAGAGUCGCAUCAUCUCGAAUCAGUGAUGCCCAUUUGGCAGAUACGAUGAUCGGAAAAGCGGUGGAACAUAUGUUUGAGACCGAGGACGGCUCAAAGGACGAGUGGAGGGGAAUGGUUUUAGCUAGAGCUCCAAUAAUGAACACGUGGUUUUAUAUUACCUACGAGAAAGACCCCGUCUUGUACAUGUACCAGCUUUUAGACGACUAUAAAGAAGGGGACCUCCGUAUCAUGCCAGAUUCUAAUGAUUCACCUCCAGCUGAACGGGAACCAGGAGAAGUGGUAGACAGCCUGGUCGGCAAACAAGUGGAAUAUGCCAAAGAAGAUGGCUCCAAAAGGACUGGCAUGGUCAUCCAUCAAGUAGAAGCCAAACCCUCUGUCUAUUUCAUCAAGUUUGAUGACGAUUUCCAUAUUUAUGUCUACGAUUUGGUGAAAACAUCCUAGAUGUCAUCGUGAACUUGGCCAAAUCUGUGGAACUAUCCAAUGUAAAAUUUGUAGACACAAAGACUUGACUGCUUUCCAGUUUAAUGAAAGCUUACAUGUCCCUGCGAACCCACAAUCUCUGCCAGCAAAACUGUUUUGUUCAGAAUAGUACAGAUUUAUGUGAACAUGACACGUUGUGCGUCGGGAGCGUCUCCCCUUGUAAGAAGUCCAUCUCUUUGGCAGGAGGGGAGCUAAAGAAAAGAACAGCUACCAAUUCAGGCUGUGGAAAAAGUUAAUCUAGUAUCCUAUUCAAUAACCUAAAAACAUAAUAGAUCGUAACCAUUUCUUCCCCUUCGAUCUUGUACUCACAUGCAAGUGUAGUUUGAUAUUUUUUAUAUUGCCUUCUGUAAUAUUAAAUAUGAUUUUUUGGCGAUUGGCAGUCCUUGUUGUGAGGGUUGGGGCAAGCUCAAAGAGAGGUCUAGAGAUUCUCCCAUUUCAUAGGAACGCCUGGCCGAAGCAGGAUCAGACUGUUUACUGUGUUUCUACUUCUUAUUUAAAGUUAACUUUUGUCAAAACGAGACGCACGUGGGAAUGCUCCGCGCGUGCAUUUUAGAAACUCAGUGGUCAUGCGCUGCAAGGGUUUGUUGAUGCACCUUUCACUCUGGAGGCUAGUCGGCCAGGGGAACAGUGGCAGGUGGAGCGCCCACGUUGCUGGGCGUAGCGACAGGCCGGUGCGUGUCCGAGGGCCGGCUGACCCGGCCUCCUGGUGCUGCACCGCGCGGCCACGUGCGAUCCUUGAGGACGCGUCUGGCCCCUUCUUUGACGUUGACAUUGGCAGCCUGAAUUUGGUAGUGCUCAGAAGGCGAAGAACACACCUGCUGUUGCCAGAAGUUCCUGGAACAACUCAGUUCUUUUUUGUUAGCCAUCCAGGUUUAGAGAGAGAAGCAUGUUCUGCCUUCUUACAGGUUCUCUGGGAUUCCCUUUAUUUUGAUUACUCUUCUUGUUAUUUUUAUUACUGUUCUAAUUAUGGUCCAAGAAGGCAUUUAUUCACAUUUCCUUUCUGGCUUCUGUCCCCCCAAGGAGUGUCCCAACAAAUAGCCUGCAGCUUCCCUCUGGUGUAGCCUUCUGUGGUGGUGUGUGUCCUCGCUUCGGGUCUGCGAGUGGGAAGUCCAUUCCGUGGGCACGAGGACGCGGCCGCCAGUCUCGGCGCCCAGAGCCGCAGCCGACUCCUCCCCCGAUGCUCCCCAUCGGAAAGGCGGUCGGCUUGGCCCACGGAGAGCCGGUGUUUGGGGGGGCGCCCAGGCUUCCCCGCUUGCCCCCCGCUUGGCCUUAAGGCUCGUGUGGUCCCGCCCCCGGGCAGCCCCAAGCCCCGAGUCCUCCGUGUUCCCGUGUCCCUGACGGUGAGCAGAUUUGCGGCGCUUCUCGCCCUGCAGACCUGUCGAGCGUUUUCUAUUGACUCUUGCGAGUCCUGCAUGUAAAUCUCAAAGCUGAGCCUGGCUCCGUGAGCCCACGCUGGCGCUGGUGGCGCAAGAGCGAGUGCGCGUGUCCCGUGUCCACACCCAGGGAACCCCGCGGCCCGAGCUGGGGGCCGUCCAUCGGAGACAAAGCGGCCGCUGUGGAGUGGCCUGCCCGGAGGCUUUCCUGCAAGCCGCUUUACUGUCCACAGCGUCCGCCAUCUCGGGAGGACCAGCCAGACCAAAUGAGGGUUCGGUUUUAAACAAUCGUCCCGCUUGUCGCUUUGGGGGUUCGGGUGGGGCCGUCUCCCCCUUUGGUAGCUGACACCACUUGAUGGAGGCUGGAAGCCAUCCCGCUCCUGCCCAGCUGCUCUGGGCCUCGUUUCAGGCUCAUGUUUCAGAUCUGCAUGCAGUGCUUGCGUUACCCCGGUAACCAACAUGUUGGUUCCUUGUUCUAGGAGUGCAGCAUCCCUUUCCAAGACGAUCAUGGGGCUUGUGUCCGCACAGGCCGCGGAUCUGUGUAUAAACUACCGGCCUUUCUCAUGUACCUGCUGUAGUAUUGUUGUAUUGUGUGUGUGAUAUCAGGCUGCCAUGUACAACUCCAGAAUCAAAUGCAGACCAUCCUUUUUUGCAUGCUUAGACGUAGAAUGUUCAGCGUAACAGACAAAGUUGCAUGUUAAAAUGUUUAGGUUUUUUGUUUUCUUUUUUUAAUUCUGUUUUUCGUUUUGUGUGAAUUUGCUUCCUGUGCUGUUUGAAUGGUUGUUAGUAGGAUCAAAGCACUGGUGAGGCGAGCAUAGUGCCAACGAAGGUGAUUUCCAGUUGUAUGUGUCCUACAGCAUUUGAAGGGACCACGCGUUGUCGGACGUACACACGCAGGAGUCACGGUGACACCGACACAGCCUACUUCAGCCUUUCUUUUGUGUGCCAAACCCUACCGUGCACUGGAGAGUCGCUUUUGUUUCUGAUAAAGCCAUGGAUGUGCUGGCAAAGCCACUUGGCUGCCAUGGGCGGCAGCGCCCCCAGGCCUUCCUGAGGUCCUCUUCCUUAGCAAGGAGGGUUCUCCUAAGGCACAACCAUGUCAGUGACUUCAGGGAAAACAAUUAUGAUUCAAGCAGUUUUGUGGUUCCUUGGAAAUGCUGUGCUUUUUGUACUUUACAUCAGUAGUGCGGUUCGGAUCGUUCUAGGUAUGUGUAUAGUUCAGAGGUCUUCGUGUUCACAUUUAAAAUUAGGUCAAUGACUUCAUCUUUGGAGCUUGGUUUCAUUUUUUGAUUUCAUUUUAUUUUGAACAAUGUAGACAGUUCCCUGUUCUCUGCAUUUAGAAGUAUAAACACUUUAAAUCUGUUACUUAAUUCUGUAAGUAAUUUUUAUAAUUAUGAUGUAACUCUAUCCUUAAAACAUUUAAAAUAAACCCUUUAUGUGCAACUUAUGACUGUAAAUUUUGUUCUCAUGAGCAAAAUGUGACAUUAAAACUGUGAAGAUAGUUUCUUCAAUUAUUGUAAUUAAAGUACAACUUGGUUUUAAUAUGGAA